UAUAUAAACUCUGUACGCCUUCAUCUCAAAUCAACCCUUCGUUUUCUCUCUCAACUUCUCAGCCGCCGCCGGAAAAAGAUUCCGAUUCCGAUAAUGGCUUUACCUAACCAGCAAACUGUUGAUUAUCCAAGUUUCAAGCUUGUACUUGUUGGAGACGGAGGAACAGGAAAGACAACAUUUGUCAAGAGACAUCGAACUGGAGAGUUUGAGAAGAAAUAUGAGCCAACCAUUGGUGUGGAGGUUCACCCAUUGGAUUUCUUUACCAACUGUGGGAAGAUCAGGUUUUAUUGUUGGGAUACAGCUGGGCAAGAGAAAUUUGGUGGUCUUAGGGAUGGAUAUUACAUCCAUGGACAGUGUGCUAUCAUCAUGUUUGAUGUAACAGCAAGAUUGACAUACAAGAAUGUCCCAACAUGGCAUCGGGAUCUUUGCCGGGUGUGUGAGAAUAUCCCAAUUGUGUUAUGUGGGAACAAGGUUGAUGUGAAGAACAGGCAAGUAAAGGCAAAGCAAGUCACAUUUCAUAGAAAAAAGAACUUGCAGUACUAUGAGAUUUCAGCCAAGAGUAAUUACAAUUAUGAGAAACCCUUCCUUUACCUUGCCCGUAAACUAGCUGGUGAUCCUAACUUACAUUUCGUGGAGAUGCCAGCACUUCUUCCACCAGAAGUUACCAUUGAUAUGGCUGCUCAACAACAGCAUGAAGCUGAGCUUGCUGCAGCUGCAAAUCAGCCUCUUCCAGAUGAUGAUGAUGAUGCAUUUGAGUAGAAGAAGAGAGAUUUGUUUGGUUCCCUUCCCCUUUGUUUGAAUGGUGAUUUUCUUUUGUGUCUUUGUUGAGAUUGUGUCCCAGUCUUUUGAAACUUUUUAAUGUGUGUGGUGUUCCAAUAUGAUGAGCUCAUAUCAUAUAGAAACGGGUUUCUCUUGAGUUUUUGGCCAUUUAGCCGGAUUUUGUAUGGAAAGCCAUAAUCAGAUUUGGAAUUUUUAGUUUUA